GACGACAGGAAGCAUUUCCAAUCUAAGUUUCUUAUCAAGUGCAAAGUAUUUGCAAUUCUAUAUUCAAGAAUUCGAUUUUGGAUUUAAUAACAACAGCUAUGAAUAUUAGGGAUAUUAGAGACAGUAGUGACGAGGAAGACACGCACCAUAUUUCGGCAUUUACGAAAUUUGAUGAAAGUAUUGUGGUACGAAAUGCAGAAGAAAUCAAAAGUCCUGUCAUUCGAAGACCUUCUGCUAAAAGAAGAAAUUCAAAAACUCUUUCCAGUGAUAACUCUAUUCUUGGUGUAAAUUCGCCACGAGAAAAACUUAAUUUUAGUAGAAGACUCUCCGAUCAUGAACCAAGUUUCUCAAAACCAAUGAAUGUCGAAAGCGAUCUUUCAGAUAGCGAUGAAACAGACGAAGAUGAUAUUCAAGGAACAACAGCAAAAACUAUUGACUUUUACGAUCCAAAGCAAUUUGAAGAUUUACAUGUUUCGACAGAAGUCAAGGAACUUUUUCAAAAUAUAAUAAGAUACACUCCACAGAAAAUAGAACUAAAUUAUAAAUUAAUACCAUUCAUCCCAGAUUAUAUACCGGCAGUUGGAGACAUAGACGCUUUUAUAAAAAUUCCCAGACCUGAUGGCAUAUUAGAUAAAGUUGGGUUGGCCGUUUUGGAUGAACCAUGCACGAACCAAUCAGAACCAGCAGUUUUACAUCUGCAAUUGCGAAGUCAGAGCAAAAGUGCAAGUGCUGUCAGACAUACGGUAGUAAAAAGAGUUGAAGAUGCAGAAAAAAAUGGAAAGGCAAUAGAUAAAUGGAUAGAAGAUAUGAGCCAUUUGCACAGCCGAAAAAAUCCCCUCACAGUUCAGUUGAAAACACGUUUUCCUGAUAUAGACACCCUUCUUCAACAAUGGCCACCUGAAGUCGAGGAAAGACUCAAUGAGGCCCAUAUCGAUAUUUCAAAAUUGGAUUGUGAUAUUCCCCACCUUGUGGAUUUAGUUUGUAAUCUUGUUGAUAUCCCAGUUCAGGAAAAUGCUAGAAUUGAAUCUCUUCAUACACUUUUUACUCUCUUUUUGGAAAUUAGGAAUUUAAAAGAUCAAAGAUUCUAGGAAAUGUUUUAGGUACUAAAUAGAACUUUAAAGUAAAACUCAAAAAAUAUAAUAUACUUAUUUAAUUGUUUGUGAUAAACAAUAUUAUCAGUGUAUUUCUGUAUCUGCCCAUGGCGCGAGCAUAGAGUAAUGCAUACAUAUUAGGGUGCGGAUCGAAAAAACAAGAUGGUAUAAGUCGAAAACGCCUUAGCACUGAAAAGUUUUCUUUUGGGUCCCUUAUAGCAGGUAUAAAAUUUGAAAUGAAUUGAUUGAAGAGUUGUGGUUGUUCGGGGUCGAAAAAAUGUUAAAAAUUGUAUUGCAGUUUUGCAAAAAUCGUGAAAGUUAUUUUUGUUUCUUAAUCUGUAUGAGCCUCAUUUAUACAAUUUUUUGAACUUUU